AUGGAGCCGUCACCGCUGACGCAGGACACGCGACCGGAAAUCUUCCAACCCAAGAUAAUCUCCCUCUACGAAACCCUCUUCAAAGAAGACGACGAAGAAGUCGAGCUAUCCGCCGGCUUCUGGCAAGAAUUCUUCCUCCACCGCCCCGACCCCACCGGCCUUCAGCGCAUACUCAGUUCGGUAACGCCGGACGAGAUGCUGCACCAGCAAGCGCAUUCGCAGGCACUCUUCAGCCAGGCCAUCCUCCGCGUCAAGCAAGCCAGCGCGCCCGCCGACGAAAUCGCCCUCGAGACCUUGACAGUCUUCCUCGAUGCCGCACUCACGAAGAAGUACACGAAUCCUAGCGCCGAUAUCAUAGCUGUUCUUACGGGGCUGAAUGAUGCGGAUGCGGUUAUGACGGAGUUUGUUGCGACGCUGGAUACGGCGAUACGGGGGGGAAGGGAUAGUAUGUACAGGGUGGAUGCUGGAGAGGGACAGGCUGACCAAAAGCAGUUCCUUUGCGUUUGA